AUGUUUCACCCAGGCCACCUUGACUGCACUGUUACGGUAGAGAAGAAGCAGGAGCAAAUUCUUUAUGCUGGAGAUAAAUGGAGCGUCAGGAUUCAUGAGCAAUUCACCGAUGUGACGAUCAAUGGAAUCAAGGGCUGGGGCGUUACUGAUUACAUGUACAGACAUCACGGUCUGUGUGCAGCGAUUCCUCAGCAAUCGGUCCCAAUGUUAAAGGAAACAGUGGGAGAAGAAAUUAACAAUAGUGCACUAACACUGGACUUCACCAAUCCCGCAUGUGCCUCCUCACAACUGGUUGGUGGUAAAGGUAUGCAACUGGCCUUGCUGACCCAACUAACUGGCAAGUUCCUGGUUCCAAGAGGAUUUUGCAUGACCGUUGCGGCUUACAAACAUCAUCUGAACGAUAACAAGACCCUGACUGCCUGCAUUAAAGAACUAGAGGAUGUUGCAUAUCAGAAGAAGGAAGGCAGUAUACAGGAAUUAUCAAAAACCACCGUGGAGAGCUUCACAAAGACAAAGCUGAGUACAUCGUUAGAGACGGAUGUCGCGAAACAGCUGAACGAUCUCUUUAGCGAUGAAUGGAAACAGAAGACGUUUGCCGUACGAUCGUCUGCUGUCGGAGAAGAUGGUGGUGAAGCUUCAUUCGCGGGGCAGAUGGAGACGUUUCUUGGGGUCGCGGGCAUAAAGGAGAUUUGCCACGCUAUCGUAAAGUGUUGGGCAUCCUCGUUCACACAGCAAGCUGUUGAGUACAGGAGGAACCACGGUCAGGUUGUAGCAGCAGAUGUUGGCGUCUGCGUGCAAGAGAUGGUGAAGGCAGACGCUGCCGGUGUUCUCUUCACCAGAGAUCCAGUGUCUGGAAACCCUGGCGUCAUGUCCAUCAACGUGUCGUACGGAAUCGGGGAGGCGGUGUCUUCGGGAGUGACGGAACCAGAUACAAUAUUUCUGCAUCGUUAG